AAUGAGCUAAAUCCCCAACCUCUGUUAUGACUAUUCUUAAGAGAUGUAUGUGUACAUGAUUUUAUGUGUCUAGAUGAGCAAAUUAUAUCUUAUUUAGGUGGACAUUUAUAUCUUAUCAAUUGGAUCAGAGGUUAUUGUGUUGUGUGUUCUUUCUUGUGGUGAUUUAAUUGAGUUCAAGAGAUUGUGUUGUGACUGUACACACUGGUCUACCAUGGAAUUGGGAUGUGUAUGUCCGGCACCGUGUCAAUCUGUCUUGGGAACUAGAUGGCUGGAGAGAUUGUUGCUAGGCGCAGAGAGUAGCCAUCGGCAGUGUGAUAUGGGAUGGAACAUAGUGUGUGAGAAGCUUUGUUGACUGAAAUGAAAAUAUCCAACAGAUGCCUUGUGGCCCUAUGGUGCUGGCACUAAUGUGGUCUAAAAGAAACCAUUUUUAAAUUUUUUUACUGGAACAGUUAUGGACACAAUACAAAAGAGAUUGAGGAGGGGAAGGAAGGAAUAGAGAAAAUAUAGAGGAAAGGGGCAAAGAGAUUACAAGCCACUUAGGAAAUGGAAUAGAGUAAAUAAGGUAGACAGUCAAUGUGGAAGAAAGAAGAACCUGCUAUGACAAGGGUUAGUAUAGGUUUCUCAGCCCAACGUGGGGGCUGGGCCCAAGAGCCCUGUCAUGUUCUCAUUAACCACAAGAGCGGAUCUUCUGCAACGUGGGAAAAGAAGAAGUCAGAUCAAUAAAGGAAGUUGCUGGCCACAAGGAGGUGGAGAUUGUCCUGUCAAACUCAGUUCUCCACUUGAGAAUUUCUGAGCAUGUGUUUUUAUUUACCCUGAUUCUCUCUGGACUGCUGAGUGCUCCAGUGUCCCUAGACAGGUCAUCCUUGACUUCCUGAUGGCCCUGCUGGUCUCACUUCCUGAACAGAAUCUGGCUAUGGCUUGGAUUCUCCUUCUUUUGCUGUCAGCAGCAUGUCUGCACACUGUGGCUUCAGACUCUCCCUGUCCUUACCAGGGAAUUCAUUAGGAUAUCCAAAAGAGUAUGACUAUGGUGUCAACCAACCAGAACACCUCACUGGAAUCCAAGGUGGCUCCAUCGAGAUCCCCUUCUCCUUCUACUUCCCUUGGGAGUUGGCCAAGGAUCCAAAUAUGAGCAUAGCCUGGAGAUGGAAGGAUUUCUUUGGGGAAGCCAUCUACAACUCUACACUGCUUUUAUUUCAUGAGCAUUUUAAGGGCCGGCUCAUCUUGAAUUGGACACAGGGUGAGACAUCUGGAGUCCUCAGAAUCCUGAACUUGAAAAAGAAUGACCAGUCCACAUACUUCGGCCGAGUUUUUCUGCAAACAACUGAAGGCAUGAAGUUUUGGCAGUCAAUGCUUGGGACCAAACUCAUCAUUCAUGCUCUCACUACUACCCCAGGGAGCCCCUCCAUCAUCCCCUCUGCAAUCCCCACAGCUGGCCUGGAGGACACAAGGGACCAGAGGAAUCCUUCACUGCUGAACUUGGGAGUCAUGGUUGGGAUGGUCAUGGCCAAAGUUGUGGUCAUCAUGCCCCUCUGUGGAUGGAUGAUCUUCCUGUGGUGGAAACAAAGGCCAGCAGAGUAAAGCCUAAAGCCUAGUAAGGCUCUCCUGCUAGGAUCUCUCACCAGGGAGGCAAGUUCACAUCAAAGUAGUUAUUGGUGAUUACACACCUGCAUCCCACAGCCAUCCGUGUCUUCUCUCUGGAAGUCAGAGCUAAUGACUGCAGGAUUCUCCUGUGAAAGUCAUUCUUGGAUAACCCCCACUUCUGUCAUGGGGACUCCGACAUGCUCUCCUUGGAACCAAGGUCCUCCUGUGUGUCUCUGGGCCUGAGAGCCUGGCUGUGCUUGCUGUUCUCUCUCUGUUCAUGGCGUUAUUGACACUUUUAAUAAAUAUCUUACUCCCAGGAAUCCAGA